CCUUCUUUUGGGUUUCCCUAUCUUGCCCUCCCCUUUAAAAGGAAACCUAGCCUCCACUGUUUUCAGCUCCUUGGUGGAAAGAAGAAGUCCAUUUUCUUUUUCUUUUCCUUUUCCCUUUGCACCCCAAGAGCUAUGCAUUUGGCUUCUACUUCUUCUGGUAGGAGAGGAAGAAUUGAAUAGAAACCAUGGCUGGAAAAUUUGGAAAAUGCAUGAUGCUAUGUUGUUCCAGAAAGGUCUCGCAGAAGGAGGAAGAAAAAAACAUGGCAAACGACUCAUACGAGGAAGCCAUUGCAGGGCUAUCAAAGCUUCUAAGUGAGAAAGCUGAACUGGGGGAAGUCGCCGCGGCAAAAAUCAAGCAGAUAACAGCCGAGUUAGAGGCGGCCGGUUCGAAAGAUUUUGACGCGGAUGAGAGAAUUAAAACCGGGUUUAUCCAUUUUAAGACAGAGAAAUACGAGAAGGAUCCUACUUUGUACGGUGCACUUGCCAAAGGCCAGAGCCCCAAGUUUAUGGUGUUUGCUUGCUCAGAUUCAAGGGUCUGCCCAUCUCAUAUCCUCAAUUUCCAACCAGGGGAGGCCUUUGUGGUCAGAAAUAUUGCCAGCAUGGUCCCACCAUAUGAUCAGACAAAAUAUUCUGGAAUGGGGGCUGCCAUUGAAUAUGCAGUGCUGCAUCUAAAGGUGGAGAAUAUUGUAGUCAUUGGUCAUAGCUGUUGCGGUGGUAUAAAGGGGCUCAUGUCUAUCCCAGAUGAUGGGACCACUGCUAGUGACUUCAUUGAAAAUUGGGUCAAAAUCUGUUCUUCUGCAAAGUCCAGGGUUAAGACAGAGUGCAACAGUUUAAGUUUUGAAGAGCAAUGCCAUAACUGCGAGAAGGAGGCUGUGAAUGUAUCACUUGGGAACCUGUUGACAUAUCCAUUUGUGGUAGAGGGAGUGACGAAGAAAACUCUGGCAUUGAAAGGUGCACACUAUGAUUUUGUGAAGGGAGCUUUUGAGCUUUGGGAUCUUGAUUUCAAGAUUACACCCACUGUUGCUGUAUGACCUCUCUGCAGCAUUCCUUCAUAGCUCACACCUUUCGCUUCAAUUUCAUGGAGGCUUCUCCUGCAGUAAAUUGCCGUAAAUGUCUAGUUAUGAAUAAUCUUUUGAAAAGCUUAAACAAUUGUUGCCUGCUUUUGUAUUUUGCCUAAUAAUUGUAAAGUUUGGGUUCAUUUUUUUAUUUCCUAAUUAAUCUGCUCCUGUAAUUUUUGUUACUGUGUAAUACGCGAACAGAAACAUCCGUUAUAUGAUAUUCUCCACCGCUGAGGCUCUUAAAAUUAA